UUUUUUCACUUUAAAAUAAUGAAAAAUGAAAGUAAAAUAAUAAAAAAAUAUUUUGCUGUUAAAUAAUAAUUGAAAAAAUAUUUUUAAAGUAAAAUUUUUUUUGAGAGGGGGCAGGUAGCACCGAAAUGAAAAAAGAAAGGGUGUUUGACUGCGAGUUUGUUUUUAAAUAUAAAUUUGAAAAAUAUUUUUCAUUUUUCAUCAUUACCUUUUGUACUUAUUUUUUAAUUUCAUUUAUUUUUAUUAUUAUUUUAUAUGUUGUUCAGUGUCAGUACAUUUUCUAUGAUAAAAAAAUCAGUUACCCAAAAUCAAUUCUGAUGAUUUUGAAGAAUUUUCUGAAGAACUCGGAAAAAGUUCACGCACUUUUUUUGACUCCUAGGCAGCCCCAAUUUAGGUAG